AUUUAUUUUAUUUUAUGGAUUUUGGAUGGAUACACUAUACAGGCAGCUUGGUGAGAAGUGGCUUGCAGGAACCCCAAGCUUACAAGAAAGCAAGCUGAGGCACCAUCACUGUUUAAUUAUCCAAAACCAAAAUGCGGAAACCCUGGUUUCUGGCAUUCCUCCUCCAAGCCAUUGCCGCCGGGGGCGUCGGAUUUGGAGUCGGAAUAGGCGGUCGCGGGGUUUGGAUUGGCGGCGGCGGCGGCGGCAGUUCAGACCCAGAGCUGUCAAAGGCUUACACUGCUCUGCAAGCGUGGAAAUCAGCAAUCUCAAAUGACCCGAUGGGGAUCUUGAGUACAUGGGUUGGCCCAAAUGUGUGCAACUACAAAGGCGUCUUCUGCUCAGAGGAUGGGAUGUCACCAGCUGGUAGCAGGUAUAGAUCUGAACCAUGGAAACCUUCAAGGAACACUGGUAAAGGAGCUGUCUUUAUUGUCAGAUCUCUCCCUUCUCCAUCUAAACACCAAUAGGUUCUCCGGCCCAAUCCCGCAGACCUUCUCAGCCCUCAAAUCACUCACAGAGCUUGACCUGAGCAACAACCAAUUCUCAGGGCCUUUCCCAACCACCCUUCUCCUUAUACCAAACCUUCGAUUCAACACCUUCUCAGGACCCAUUCCGGAUGAACUGUUCAGCAAGAAUCUCGAUGCCAUCUUUCUGAAUAACAACCAAUUCAGUGGGGAGAUUCCUCAGAAUUUGGGCACCUCUCCAUCUUCGGUCAUAAAUCUGGCCAAUAACAACUUGUCCGGUGAAAUACCCUUCAGCCUGGGUGGAAGAAUUAAGGAGAUACUGUUCCUGAACAACCAGCUGACGGGAUGCAUCCCGGAAGGGGUUGGGCUGUGGACGGAUUUGCAGGUUCUGGACGUGAGUUACAAUGGUUUGGGCGGGCGGUUGCCGGAAUCGAUGUCUUGCCUGACGGAGAUGGAAGUGUUGAACUUGGGACAUAACAGGCUGAGCGGGGAGUUGGAAGAUUUGGUUUGUUCGUUGAGGAGGCUGGUGAAUUUGACACUGGGAGACAAUUUCUUCUCAGGCAUGAGUCAAGGAUGCAAGCAGCUGCUUUCCUCGAGGAAUGUUGGUUUUGAUUUCUCAUUUAAUUGUAUCCCGGGAAGGGAGAUGCAGAGGCCCCAACCAGAUUGUUCUUUCAUCCAUGGAGGUAGUUUGAGCUGUCUUAGAAUCCCCUCUGUGGUGAAGCCGUUGAUCUGUGGAACAUUGCUUGGUGGUGAGGAGGCCGCUGCUGCUGCUGCUGCUAUCCAAAGCCCUCCUCGAUCCUCCUCCUUCCCACUGAAUUGAUCUAGAAAAUGUAAUGUAUAUGCAAAUGUAUUGGGGGGUUCUAGUGUAAGUUAGACUGCCACUCUCAAGGAAGCAAAUCCAAACCCCUGAGCUGGAUUAGUAGUAUAGAUACAUACUCAUAAUAAUCUUUGGCAGAACAGAAUGAGUGAAUGACUGCUGCCUGUAAAUUAAACAUGGCCGGAAUUGUAUGAUGGAGCACAUUCAUUGUCGGUCUCGCUAACUAACAGCCAGCGGCUCGGCCUGGCUCGUAGUUGUAUGCCAACAAAUUAAAUACACCCUACAUGGGUUUCCGCUACCUAGCCAGAUCUUCCAACUCACACUAAGUUACCUACCUGCUGCCUGCCUGCCUGCCUAUGAUGAUGGAUGGAUGGAUGGAUGGAUGAUGCUCACAAAAUUUCCAAUAGCUGUAUGUAUGUAUGUGUGUUUGUUUGUGCUCUUCUCCUUCUAAGUAACCACCAAUCCAACAUUUUCACUAUAAUUAAUUAGUAAUGAUAUCUUCAAAAAAUGAUUCCUUGCGAGGCUAACUUUAUCUCCUUAUGUUUGUUGUUUAGGUCACUAAAACCAUUGUUACAAAACCUUUUUCAUUCCUAUUUUUUAAUGGAUUGGAUUUGGAUGGUCAAGGGGCUGGCAGUUGAUCUUUUCAACUAUUCAGCUAAAGACAACUGAAUAGUUCAACUGUCAGCUAAAGACAACUGAAUAGUUAACAAAUAGUUAAACUAUUUGUUAUUUUGUUUAAGCUUGCGUUCUCUGUGGAAUUACCCGUUUGAAUGAAUGAAUGAAUUAUUAACAUGUGGAUUUUUAGUUUUCUUU